GCGCCUGCCUGUAAACCAACGUUUUCCCAAGCGGCAGCAACUGGAGGAGUGGAAUCUCCCCUCGGAGCACAGGUGCGCCCUAAGGAUACACCAGGCCAUUCCCAAAGGCCGGCUGGGCUUCCUCUCAGGAUGGAAGACAACGCCUCUGAGCCUCCGCCAUCGCUCUCCCAGCUCCUAAGGGAAAGCUACCUGGCCGAGGCCCGCGCCCACCAGCGCCACAGCGAGAUGAGCCGCUCGGACGCUUCAUCUUCACGUCUGCAGAUUUUGGGCUCCCUGAAAGGAAAGACUGAGGACUCGGCCGGCUUCCAUGAGGGCCAACUGCCGGACCUGUCGGCCUUCCUCAACCAGGAAGAGCUGGACAAGAGCGUCAACUUGGCCCGCCAGGCCAUCGGACACGAGCCCCGUGAUGAGAGGGCGGAGGUCAAAGCCACUGUCGCUCCAUCGGCAUCUUCGGCUCCCACUUCCUCUUGUGUUCACCUCGCCCAGCCCCCUCCUGCUCCUCCCAUGCCCUCCUCCUCCGUGUCCUUCACACAGCUAGCCGAGGCUAGCAACCUCACAGCGGACAGGAAGUCCCAGAAAGCCUCCAACAUGACGAGGAACAGCAGUGAAGGCCUCAACCAUGUCAACAAGUCAGCAAGGAACGCCCCGUAUGGGAUGGAGACCCAGUCCAAGAAGGAGUUCCUCAACAAGGCGGCGGACUUCAUCGAGGAACUCUCUUCUCUCUUCAAGGCCAACACCUCCAAGCGGAUCCGACCCAGAGCGUGCAAAUCCCACAGGAGUCGGAACCAGAACAAGAGCCAGAACGAUGGCGUGGUUCACGACGUCAGCUCAGACAGCAGGGAGCGCAAGGCCACGCCCGAGGAGGCUUUGGAGGAGGGGCCCCGUCAGCAGGAGGUCCAGCAUGCAGACUCUCCGAACGAGAGGAUUACUGAGCAACAGGAACCGGACCGCAAAGAGGUGGAGGUGGCGCCAUCCCGUCAGGAGGAACCUCCGUGUGAACCUCCUCGCUUUCUCCACAAACUGAAAAGCAGAGAAGUUCUUGAGGGCAGCAAAGUCCAGCUAGAUUGCAUCGUUGGAGGACAUCCCAUACCUGAAGUCAGAUGGUUCUGUGAGGGCAAGGAGUUGGAGAACAGCCCUGACAUCCAGAUCAUCACCGAUGGUCAGCUCCACUCGCUCAUAAUCACCGAGGCUUUUGAGGAAGACACAGGACGUUACUCCUGCUUUGCAUCCAACUUCUACGGGACCGACUCAACGUCGGCUGAGAUCUACGUUGAAGGUGCAUCUUCUUCAGACUCUGAGGGGGAACAUCACUUUGAGAACGUAGGCCACCUGCAGAGGAAACAACCCAAGUCCACGCCGUCAUCAAGCCAGAGCUCCACAGACGUUCCAGAGUCUUUAGCAGAUCAAACCAUAGCAACCGAGGAGCCGCUGAAGGAACUCAGCACUUUAUCUGUCCCAGUACCAGUCCCUGUCCCCAUCCAGACAACCACAACCACCUCGCUCCUGAGCCCGGAACGCCCUGAAGCACUCGCAGCGUCCACAGCUCGUCCACAGGAGACCGAACCAACAACAUCACCCGAGGGAGUGUCUGCUACGUCAGCACCAGCGGAUCUCAGCGAGGUUCAGCUGCCGUCAGGGGCUACGUCUCUCGGGUCCACAACACAGACUUUCAGUCCUGUGCUGUCAUCGGUGCUGCCCCCCUACACCCCCCCGACAUCCCAACCUGAGGUGGGACCCAUUCAUUUGAUAUUUUUCUACUCCCAACUUUUGUUGUCCUUCCAGAGUCAAACAUCUGACCUGCAAGACCUGAACGGGCGACCCGUCAUGGCUGCUCCUGUUUUCACAAAGUGCCUGCAGGACCUGGUGGCGUCAGAAGGGCAGCUGGUGGUCCUGGAGUGCCGUGUGAAGGGGGUGCCAUCCCCUCGAGUGGAGUGGUACAAAGACGCGGGACUCAUUGAGGACUCUCCGGACUUUAGGAUCCUGCAGAAAAAGGAAAUAUGCACGUUGGUCAUCGCUGAGGUUUUUCCCGAGGAUUCAGGAAUGUUUACUUGCACGGCAAGCAACUCCUACGGAAUAACAUCCAGUACUGCAACACUAAAGAUCAAAGGCAAUGGUGCUAGCAACCACGCAUCUCGGCCUUUUUGCACCUUAACUGUGGAGCCCAGUCCAGUCCAAGAAGCCUCCUUAUCAGAUCUCACCUCUGGUCCCGUAAGAACCCACACGGACUUUAGUGGGACCAGUACUACCAAGCCCCACUCCAGCACCGUCCGCCUGGAUCCGUUAGUCCAUAGCAGCCUACGUCUGGACCCGUUGAGCACCAGCACGCUUCGUCUGCACCCCAACAGUUCCAGCAUGCUGCGUCCAGACCCCUUACGGACCGGCUUUCCCGGCUUGGACCCCGGCCUCAACGUUGGCAGUGUCGGCGUCCCGAACCUAGACCAGGACCCUCCAGAGAGCCCACACCCUAAAGCCUUCACUUCACAGGAGGGGUCAGGACCAGCUUCUGACGCAAGCCCCCAUCUGGAGGACAACGGGGCAGGGGUUUCGUUGCCCCUCCCUGAUCCGCCUACUAACUCCUGCCUGAAGUCGGGGGUCUUGACGAACCACAAAGACUCCCGCUCCGGUUCCAGAGUUGGUCUCCGUGUGCAUUUCAAGCUGCCUGAGGAUGAGGAUGGUGAACAAAGUCACAUGUCCGCCCCGUCUGAUGAAGAUUGGGACGACUUGGCCAACAAAGGACCGCCGCCCGUGCUGGCAAAACCCAAACUGGACCCGGCUCAGCUCCAGCUCCUCCACAACCAGGUCCUCAUGGAGCAGCAGCAGCAGGACGGCGAGCCCCCGACCCAAAACCAGUCUUCAUUCCAGGCUAAGCCAGCGACCCCAAGCUCCCGUGAAGGUCCGCUGUGGUCCUUCAGAGAAAAGCGGGAUUCCCAGGCGCCGUAUGUCAGCAGCACCUCGCAGUUGACGCCCACAUCCGCACCUCCACCGACACCCUCACUAACUUCUACUCCUGCCAUCAACACCACGACACCUUCAUCCGCUCCUCAAGUUAGGACCUCCUCCCUGGUGACAUCUCCUCCACCUAUGCCACGCCUCGCCACGGCUCCGCCCCUUCUUGUAGCACCUUUGACUCAGAUGAACAGCAUCCACGCCUCCCAUCUCAACCUAUCAGCAGCGGUUCUCGCCAAAAGUCCACCGACGCCGCAGUUCUUCUCGCAGCAGACGACUAACUUUAGUCCGAGCUCGACGGAUUCAACGGCGGCCUCGCAGCACGUCCCGUCUCCCGCCGCCAUCCUGAGGAGCACCCAUGCUUCCCUCAUGAACCUGACGGCUUCCUCGCAGACCUUCAACUACGCCCGGCCCAAAGAGUUCAUCAGCGCUCAGACCUUCUCACCCGUGAGGAGCCCCUCCCCCACAGAAUCCCCGGUCCCGCUUCUCCACGAGCUGGCGGCCGAGCUCAACUCCUCAGCGGCCAGCUCGCCGACGCUCCCGCCUUUCUCGCCCCCGCCUUUCUCGCCCCCGCCCAGGACAUUCCCCACCCGAGUGCUCCGCUCGCCCACCAGUCCGCCAUCGCUGGUGUCCUCGCCAACGCCGGGCUUGAACAACGUGUUCGCCUUCAGAGCCCAAUCACCCCCCCAGGCCGCCUCCCCCACCUCCAGCACCUCCACCCCCAGCCCCAUCCAAAACCCAGUGGCCUUCCUCAGCUCCAUCCUGCCUUCCCUGACCUCCUAUCAGCCUACCAACUCCAUGGGCCUCCCCAGAGGAGCUCCUCUGGGGUUAAACAAGAAGCUAGCAAAGACGCGUCUAGCGUCUACUGAGAACAUUCGGGAGAGCAAGGAAGCCCUUCUUCAUGAAGUUGAGAGGAAAAUGCAGUUUAAGGAGGAUCUUCAUGUUUUUGCCCACCAACAGAAGCCCAAUCAUGAGGGGAAAACAGCCAGCAGACUCCAUGUGGGACCAAACAUUCCAGCUACUGUCAUUAACUAUGAUGAGGAGUACAAAGUUUCCAAUUUUGAGCAGCGACUGAUGAGCGAGAUUGAGUUCCGCUUAGAGCGAACGCCCGUGGAGGAGUCGGACGACGAGGUGCAACACGACGACGUCCCCUCGGGGAAAUGCAUCGCGCCCAUCUUUGACAAGAAGCUGAAGAACUUCAGAGCCAUGGCGGGCGUGCCUGUGACUUUCUCCUGUAAAGUUGUUGGCAUCCCUAUUCCGAAGGUGUACUGGUUCAAAGACGGCAAGCAGAUCUUGAGGAAGAACGUCCAUUACAAGAAGAUAAGAGAAGGUGAUGGAACAUGUGCUCUCCACAUCCAGUCCACAACAGCUGACGAUGAUGGGAACUACACCAUCAUGGCAGCCAAUCCACAGGGGCGGAUCAGCUGUUCGGGCCAUUUGAUCAUCCAAACAGGACCACCCCGAAGUCGCCUGACCCCGAUUAGCUCUCAGAGGGUACGAGCUCGCAUCCAGGAAGUUGAAGGGGAGCAAACCCAGGAGCGUUUUUUCCGGCCUCAUUUCCUCCAGGCUCCAGGAGACAUGUUGGCCCACGAGGGGCGGGUCUGCAGACUAGACUGUAAGGUGAGCGGCCUGCCCAGCCCUGAGCUCAUGUGGUUGGUGAACGGUAGACCCAUCUACCCGGACCUCUACCACAAGAUGCUGGUGCGGGAAACCGGCAUCCACUCCUUGGUCAUUGACCCUCUGACACAGAACGACGCUGGCACCUACACCUGCAUCGCAAGCAACAAGGCAGGGCAGAGCUCCUUCAGUCUGGAGCUCCAAGUUGUGGAGAAAGAGAUGAAACAUCCUCCUCAGUUUGUGGAGAAGCUGCAGAACAUGGGGAUUCCUGAGGGGACCCCUGUCAGGCUGGAGUGUCGGGUGAUGGGCAUGCCCCUCCCGGUCAUAUUCUGGAAAAAGGACAAUGACAGCAUUCCCAGAACAAAGAGCAGAAUGAGCAUGCAGCAGGACGCCACAGGAUACGUGUGCCUCCUCAUCCAGCCAACCACCAAAGAGGAUGCUGGCUGGUACACCGUGUCGGCCAAAAACCAGGCUGGAAUUGCAUCCUGCACCUGCAGGCUGGACAUCUACGCACAGUGGCAUCAGAGCGUGCCCACGCCCAUGAAGAAGACGCCACGCGCCGGCAGCCGCUACGCCGCUCUGACGGGCCAAGGGCUCGACAUCAAGUCGGCCUUCCCCACGUCGGAGACCAGCCCCUUCCUGUUCUCCAGCUCGCCUUCCGAGGCCGCUCUGGAGAGCGACGAGCUGUGAGCGGAUGGCUCCUCGCAGCCUUUGAGUGAUGGGAUCGGCGUGAGACGCUCGGAGGAAAGGUCGUGAAACGAUUGUGCCAACGGCACGGUGUCACCAUUCCGGUUUACAAAAGUCAGAGCACCAGUUUUUGGGAAUGAUCCAUUUGCAAAGUCUUAACUCGAAUGAGUCACGUUUGUUUGGGUGUUGGUUUUUUACGGUUGGUGAGAACGUGUCGUUGAGUUCUAUUAUUAGAAGCAUCAUAAUUAAUAACACAUACCCCUAAUUUAGCACAGUUAUGACAUUGAUCAUACACCAUACUUUGAAAUAUGUCAUAUAAUCAAGUGGCCGCAUUAUUUAUGCCAAACUAGUCACUUUUUCACCACCAUGUUCUUCCAUGUGUAAUACUACAAGCAUUUUAGGAAUACAUGAUCUCACUGUGUUUGUUCACAGAUGGAAUACUAUAAAGUAUUUAGUGAGGGGGGGGAAGAGGGAAGAAUGUUGGUAUUUUUGGUGAUGUUCAUGGCUGGUAAGGCAUUUACUUUUUUUAAAAGAAGAGAAUAAUAACAUAAAAAUAGUAUUUGCGACUACAGUACUUCAUCCCAUUUAUUUAUUUAUUUAUUUUAUAAAACUGACAGAAACCCAAAAGUACAUGCUCCCAUCUUGGCGCUGUUACAUUGUUAUGAGGGUUUGGCGCCCCCUUCUGGUAAGACAGAGUAUUGCGCCUGAGACCUGCGGUUGAAUAUCAGAUUAGCAAAAAGGUUCAACUCCUUUUUCCUUAUUCUUAUCGCAAAUUCAGCCAUUUUUUACUCCAGAGGGUCUUACAGAAAAUACAUUUAUAACUUAGUUCUAUGAGGAAAUAUUAAUAACCAUUUUGUGCUAUGAUUAUUUGGGUUGUUUAGCACGUCAUAAACGAUGCCAACAGGUCACAGCUAGAGCCUCUAAUUGUGAGUUUUUCAAAGAUUUAAAACAUAUAUUCUCCUGAUGUAAUGUUGCACACUGUAAAAUAGUUUUG